AUGCCAGGGGUUUCAUUCAUUAAGAUUCUGUUUUUCUAUCCAAUCCUAUUUUAUCAAAACUGUAUCGAUGCUCAAAGUGGUGAUUGUUUUAAUAACGAUUGGUCAAAUAGGGUAGACGGUUGCGCAGGCAUGUUAUUUAAAGGGCGAUUUUCUCGUUCGGAACAAAUAUCUUUAGAAUUCAAUAAUAAUAUACUAGGGCUUAAGUUUCGUUUUACCUUCACUAUUGGUAAAUUCGAUAGUUGGGAUCACGAUGAUGAUUAUUUACAAGUCUUAGCUAAUGAUGUAGUUUUAGAUACUUUGAGAUACGGUGCUUAUUAAGGAUCUGGUUUAUGUUUCGAACCCAAAUAUUCAGAAUUGUUUGAAUAGAAAUAAUAUAUUUUUUAUUCACCAAUAGGAAGAAAGUCACUUAAAUUAACUUUACAAGGUCAUUUUGAUGAGGAUGUGGAUAAUGGUAAUAUAAUUUCUUAAAUUAGAGAGUUGGGGGGCGAGGGCAUUCACUUUAGAAAUUUUAGAGCCUUGUGUAGAAUUUUAUAGUGAUUGUAAUUUUUAAGGAGAUGUGUGGAGAAUUUGUAAUGGAAAUCAAACAAGCUAAAUUAGAGAUAUUCCUUUUGAAAUUAAAUCAAUCCUAAUUGUAAAUGGAAUAUAAGUCAAAAUGAGAGAUCCAAAGUACCAUGGUGGUCAAACUUAAACAUACACUUCAAGUUAAUAUUGUUUAUCAAGUUAUUAAGUAUAUCUUUAAUGUAAACCCUAGUUCCCCAAAUAUAAUCAAAACGCUUGA